AUGAGUGGGGCGGAUGCAGGAGUAGCAGCCAGCAUUACAGCAGGAGCGGCAGCCACCACUUCCACUGCACAGCAAGGGUCUUCAGGAGUCGCCCUCCAAAACCAGCAAGCAGGCCAGCCCGUUUCCAGCAUGGGUCAGGGACCUCCUGCCAUUAGUCACGGCACUACCCCCGGGGUGAAGCGAAUCUGGAUUGUGGGCCACUCCUUUGUCCACUGGGCCUCCCUACGCUGUGCGUCCCUCCCAAUUGGCCAAUCCCUAGGUCUCCCUCCCAACAAGGCAUCCGUUAGGUGGUUGGGUGAUAGGGGGAUGUGCUGGCCCCAAUUAGCAGGAACCAUAUCUGAGGCCCUGGUACGCUGGGGGAAGCCUCACAUUAUUAUUCUUCACCUAGGGGGUAACGAUGUGGGGGCCAUACCAGUUUUACAGUUGAUUAAGGUUAUGCAGGCAGACAUUGGGUGGCUAAGAGUACGCAUCCCGGGGGUCAUGAUAGGGUGGUCCCAUAUAAUACUCCGUCUCCACUGGAGGCAUAUGUCAGCCCAUACGGCGGCAUACCGGGUUAGGAAGAAGAUCAAUGCGUCUGUAGCGAAAACCGUCACUGGGUCAGGUGGCUUCGUGGUACGGCACGAAGCCAUUUCGGCUGAUAGAACCGAGCUAUAUAGAAGGGAUAAAGUUCACCUUUCAGAUGUGGGGCUGGAUUUAUUCAUAGGGGACAUUCAGAGAGCUCUGUUACCCCUCCUGUAA